AUGGCUCAGGGCUCCGCCCGCCGGAUCGGCAACUACCUGAAGCAUGGCUUCUCAUGCCCCCCUGCGCCCCGCGGUGAGCGAGGCCAAGAUCUUGGCCAGGACAAAGAUAGAAGGAUCAUCUUCAGGUGUCGCGAGGCCCCGGGCGUCGUGUGGGCAUACAUCGACGACAACAACGGCGGGGGGCAGUGGCGCUGGCUCUGCGACGAGUGCGGCAAAACGGUCAACGAACCUGGGUACUCCACGUCAACCGAGCACAUGAGACAGCGAAAGCAGACGCAGAUCGACAAGCACAUGGACGGCUACAAACCCCACGGACUACCUGAUCCCCAAAGCUUCAUAAUGGGAGGCGACCCGUGGAACAUGACGAGGGGCAUGGACACAUCGGAGAUCAAGAGGACACCAUGCCCAGGCUGGUGCUGGGACUGGGAGUGCGACGCAAAGAAUUCCCCCAUCGACCCAUGUGUUUACGGGGGCGACUGGGACGCGAUACCGAUCGGAUUUCCUAUGCAGUACGACGGGCCAGGGUACUCACCCCCGCUCGGGAUGGCGAUCAGCAAUGACAAUGUACAGCAGCCCUGGGCCAAGAGCAACCGCCCACAACAAACGCAAGAGCAACUACUCCACAGCGCCGGACAGGCACUGGCCGGCUUCUUGGCCACGAGGGGCACAUCCAACCCGACCUCAGGACAACUCGGCAACGCGACUCCCGCCCCGCACCGCUGGCUCAGCCUGUCUUCCCUGGACCCCCAGCAUGGACACCAACCCCUGGCCGCCCUGACCAGCGCGGGGGACGCGCCGGCGACGCCGCAGCACCCUACGCGACCGGGCUACCGGCCCCUGCGCCCCCUGGGGCACCCGCCAUCGAAGGACGCCACAUACAGCUCGCCAGGAACGCCGAGGAGCUCUACAUCACUCCCUGGUACAUGGUCCCAUACGGAUCGGCAGCGCGGCCCUGCCUUGGACCGGUCCUUGGAGCGGUCGCGCUACCCCGCGACUGGGCUCGGCGUGUGCAGCUACACGGACAAGAGCUCAGGAGAGUCUUCUUCACCGAAUUCUACGCGGACGCCACCUGACGACGGCGCCACCCUGGCUCGGCAGGCCAUCGCUAGUAAGACUACCUGCGCCCAAGACGCGCGGAUCCCCACCUGUUCCCAGCCCGACGAGCAGCGCCAGGAGAUCUUAGAUAGGCACCACCUACAGGACAGGCUCAAAGGGCAACAGCAGGAACUCAGCGAGUACUACCUAAUGGUUUGGGGCACCAAGUGGGCCAUGGAAUGGGCGGAGCGCGACAUG